CUGUUCCAUCCACAGCAGCAGCCCCAACGCAAUUUGAAUCCAAUACAAACCCAUCUGCGAGCCAAAACAGAGAAACCACCUUCCUCCAGUUCAUGCUCCUCCUACCUCUUACAUCGGUCCAUCACCGGUCAAAGUCUCAAUUCUUGCCAAUGGACAGGGACGUCCUCGAAGACCAGCGGUGGCCACCAGCGCCACCAGACGUUGCCUGGGCCACGAUUGAACGCGAGAUGCCUGAACUCGUCAUCACAGGGAACAGCACGCUCUACAAAGUCAAAGGCCACGCCGGAAUGGUCUACAAGUCCAGAGGUGACCUUCGAGAAUACGAACUCCAGAAGGCGGCUGGCGAUUGCGCAAUUCCUGUCAGGGGAAGGGUGAUGACCAAGGUAUUCAACGGCGACAUUGCUUGCAUGGGCUUCCUAAUGGAUCUCGCAACUCCAAUCAUCGCUCCAACAGGCCCGGCCCCGCCCCCGGCCCUGGUCCUGCCACCAUCUCAACGCCGAGACAUCAUGUACCAGAUGGUUUCGGCUGUGCAGCGCUUGCAUACCAAACGCGUCGUUCACGGAGACCUGAAGCUGGAGAAUAUGCUUCUCGAUAAUCAAGGGAAGCUCCGGCUUUGUGAUUUCGCCGAGGGGCGGUACGUGGACGAGGAUGAGAGUCUCUGGGAAGGGAGCUCGACCUGGCAUUACGAGUCUCCGAAUAGGCUUCUCAGAGGGGAACAGGUGGGGAUGGACCCAGCACCACCUACAACCGAGGACGACUUGUAUGGCCUCGGUCUGAGCAUCUGGCACUUGUAUACUGGCAAAAUGCCACAUGAGGAUCUACUUGGUGAUGACUUGGGUUUGAAGGAGAGGCAACGGAACGGAGAGACAGUCGAUGUGGCCAAGGUGGAUGAUCCAGAGGCUCGGGAGAUUAUUAGAGGGUUUCUUCGUUUGGGAGGAGCUCGGAUCUAGUGUCCGAGUUUGGUAGAUUGCAAGGUAGACUUCUCGUGCUCCGGCACCUCAACAACGUACAGUCGCUAGUUUUGGCCAUUCCCGCACUCCUUCAAGUUGCACAGCCUGCAGGGCGGGCCUCUGAAUCGGUCGCCUUGUCCACCCCCUGUUUCAGCUGACCACCUGGAGAUCCAACAGAUUUUGGAAUUCAAGGAAGAAGGGAGGAGAAAGUCACCGAAGGCAUUAACGAGCCAGCACCAAGCCUCGAAAGGGCGUUGGCUGUGUGCGUUCAAG